AUGGCGAGGCCACGGUCGCAGUCGGAGACUCAUCGCUCCCAUCUGCGGUGGCGGGGUGCACUUAGUACCUCCGCCCUGGCCCUGUGGCUAUGUCCACGAUCUAGGUGUGCGGUGGCGGCUGAGAAGCAGGAGAGGACAAGGCGAAGACUUCGCCGGCUUGCCGCCGCCAGAGGCUUCGAGCGCUUCGAGGCGGAGCCCGUGGUCAUUGACGCGGAGACCAGUACUGACAGUGAGCCGGAUAUCACUUCGGAGGCAGAAGAUCUGGUCUGGAGGGACACCACACAGGCUUUCGAGAACAUCUUCCUCGCAAAGGAUACGGAAGAGAGGGACGUAGCUGCUCAUCGAUUCCUCUUCACCGUCUUGCGUCAGUACUUCCAAGCCGCUCUUGCGACGCAGAUCGCAGCGUUGACGGUGACCUGGUGCGAAGCGACCAGUAGCGUUAUUCGAAUGGCAGAUGUUGGUUUGGAACGUACUGGUGAACGCUUGGAAGAACCUUUGUGCUGGCGGUCGAUCCCAAAUGACGCUGACUUGGAAGUCUUUGCUGCAGAUAUCCUGCUGUGGGGACCGGACUCCAUGGAGCAGGAGGCUUCGCGGACGCGAAAAACGAGCCGAGGCUUCGAACAACCCACAUCCACGAAGGAAAGCCGCGGUGCAUCCAGGUACGUAUGGAGUGCGCUAAAGCUCAUCAUCUUCGACUUUUGCUUGAUCAGCGGACGCGCUGGUGACAAACCUCGUGUCCUUUUUCCAGAGGAAACCAUUGUGAGUUUGAAGAAGCUUGGUGUCAAGGACCCAGAAAUGGAGCUGGGACUCGAUCGUGUCGAG